GUGCGCAGGGACCGCUCUCCCCGCACUGCUGAGAAGCGGAGCCUCCGCCUCGGUGCUCCCCUGUUUUUUGCCUGUUUCCCCCGCACCCCAACUGCCCGUCCCCCCCCAGCUCCCACUGGCUGGGCCAACAGUGGUGUGGCUCUCGCCGUUUGUCGGAGGAGCUUUAAUCGGCCACCUGCCGCGUUCCACAGCCUCUUUGCAUCUCGGAUUUCGGGGUGGCUCCCUCCCCCAUCUUUCCCUGCUUCUCUGCACCCCGCUUUUUCUGCGUUUCGCCAGGUUUUUGUAGCCGUCUGGUUUUUGCACCCCUUUUUGGUUUGCUUCUAGGCGGUGUGUGGGGUGAAGCUGCCUUGGCAUUCCUUCCCCUGGUUCUUUCCCUGUUUUGACAGCCCCCCUUUCUAUCGCAGUAGGGGGGGGCCUAGCCUCGGCGCACCUCAGCUACGCUGCCAGCAGACCACAGCGAGUGGCUGUGCACCCCGGAAUUGGCAGCAGCUACAUAUCUGAGUAGAGUCUCCCUCGCCUCGCUCCCCGCGCAUUUGGGUGCGUGGAGGGCUUCAGCGCGCGACGCCCUCGCUUCUCCGCAGCCCCCCGCAGCGCACCGGGACUCGCCCCGUGCCGCCAAGAUGGUCAUCCAGAAAGAGAAGAAGAGCUGCGGGCAGGUGGUUGAGGAGUGGAAGGAGUUCGUGUGGAACCCGCGGACGCACCAGUUCAUGGGGCGCACCGGGACCAGCUGGGCCUUCAUCCUCCUCUUCUACCUCGUCUUCUAUGGCUUCCUCACGGCCAUGUUCACCCUUACCAUGUGGGCCAUGCUGCAGACUGUCUCUGACCACACUCCCAAGUACCAGGAUCGACUGGCCACACCAGGCUUGAUGAUUCGCCCCAAGACCGAGAACCUGGAUGUCAUUGUAAACAUCAGUGACACAGAAAGUUGGGAUCAGCAUGUUCAGAAGCUCAACAAGUUCUUAGAGCCUUACAACGACUCCGUCCAAGCUCAGAAGAAUGACAUCUGCCACCCUGGUCGGUAUUAUGAGCAGCCAGAUAAUGGGGUUCUCAACUAUCCAAAACGGGCCUGCCAAUUCAACCGGACACAGCUGGGCGAUUGCUCUGGCAUCGGGGACCCUACCCACUAUGGUUACAGCACUGGGCAGCCCUGUGUCUUCAUCAAAAUGAACCGGGUCAUCAACUUUUAUGCAGGGGCAAAUCAGAGUAUGAACGUCAGCUGUGUUGGGAAGAGAGAUGAAGAUGCUGAGAAUCUUGGCCACUUUGUCAUGUUCCCUGCCAAUGGCAGCAUUGACCUCAUGUACUUUCCGUACUAUGGCAAAAAGUUCCACGUGAACUAUACACAGCCCUUGGUGGCGGUGAAGUUCCUGAACGUGACCCCCAACGUGGAGGUGAACGUGGAAUGCCGCAUUAAUGCUGCCAAUAUCGCCACAGAGGAUGAGCGAGACAAGUUUGCUGGCCGUGUGGCCUUCAAACUUCGAAUCAACAAAACCUGAGGCUCCCUCUCCCCCCCCCCCACUCUUCCCUGUGGAUGCUUCUGGAAUGUCCUUGACCCUGCCUGAUCCCUCCCUCACCCACCCCAAAGGUAUUUUUUAUAACAGAGCUAUGACUUGUCUGAACCUCACAUCCCUUUCCUCAACUUCUCCACCUAGCCUGAUGGCCACACAAUUUCCACCAUCCUCCAACCUUAGCUUAGCCAGAGACAGAUAGAUGGGCUGUCAAGAUGGCCACAGAGGAGUUAGGAAUUUCCUAGUCAGGAGCCGGAGCUGUUGCUCGGUGAUAGAGGACGUGCCUAGCAUGCGCAAGUCCUUAGCACAGCUGGAGUCUUUCUGGUUGGAGUGUUUAGGAGUAAACCCUUACUGCUCUUGCUUACAAUCGCUACUCCAUCGGGAGAGCUGUAUCCACGUAUAUACUCUCCCCACCCCAUGUUCGGUCCUUUGCUCUUCCUGUCCUCUUAUCUCUUCACACUUCUGUCACUGGAGCCAGUAUCUUGGUGGCUUUGACUUCUGGCUUCUCCAGCAGGUCUGCCCUCUCCUCUCCCCAUCUCUGUCCCCUGGAAAAAGCAACCAUUUGUAACUGAGUACAGGUUGGUUCUGUGGUCUUUUCCUUCCUUCCUGGUGCAUCCUGCUUCUCCCCUAAUUAUGAGUCCACGUUCUGGGAAAAGAGGACUAGAAGUGAAGUCUUUAAUUCUUCUAGAAAAUUCUCUAGUAGGCCUAGACUUUAACUUCUUCCUGGUCCCUCCUGUCAUCCAAACAGCUCCUACACAGCUGGGCUUGACCUGCGCUGAAUAUCCACUUUGUUUUUAACUGUUGACUCCCUUCCCCCACCGGCCUUCCCAGAAUAUCUUUCAAGUUCUACUUCCCAGGGAGCUCUGGGGGAGGGGCCGCUAUUCUGGCUCUAUCCCCAGUGGCCACCUUGGAAACGUCAGCUAGCUGGGGGGACUCCCUGAGCCCAAAUCUGCCCACCCCCAUGCUCCCUCUGGCUUCUUCUUGCAAGUUACUAACUGGUCACUAACUUCUUCACUUUCUGCAUGCCAGCCUGAAAGUUUCAGAUGCCCCCUCCGGCUCAGCUCUGAAUUUCUUGGCUCCAUCUCUUUCAGACUCUUUUGCCUUUAAAAAACAAACAAACAAACAACCCCUAUAACGCCCCUAGAAUGUUAAAUAAGAGUCCUGCUCUGAAUUUUCUUCAGGAGAGGCGAUUUCCUCUGGUUUCUCAGCUUGUCCUUAUCCAUCCUAACCCCCCUUUCUUCGCUAACACUGUGGCCCCCACAUCCCACACUCAGAUGGAUCCUUCCCUCUUCCUCCCACUGGAUCUGAUCGUCCCUUGAGAGCCUGGGCUUUCCCCCUCCUUCGUCUUCCCAGUGGUCUCCCUCCCCCUGCAGUUAUUUAAUGCCUGUGUCCGAUCCUACUGUAAAAAGGAUAAAGUACAAUAAACUGAGAGUGAUUAUAUAUAUAUAUAAAUAUAUAUCCUACACAGA